UGUUAAUUAAUUAAAAAUGCUCAUACAAGCUCCUAUCCCUCGAACUAGAUUCGCUAUAACCCCCACUAAUGUUAGACCUAUUCAUAUUUGUCAAGACAAGACUCCUACUAGACAAUUUUCCAAUCAUCAUAACAUUUUCAAUUUGACAUAAAAAGCAGAAGAAAAAUUGCAUAUUCGACCACUCCUUGAAAAUAAAAACCUUUAAUCUAUCGUUAUCAAACAAGAAAACAACAAUAGAGCUCAUGGCAACUCCUUCUCUCAAAACUAAUUCAAUAAUAAAGAAAUGCAAACUUAAAUUUUAGAAUUAACUAAGUAAAAGGAUCAUAUGUCUUAAAUUUUAUCAGAUGCCAUUCGAAAAAGCAAUAUACUCUAAAAAUAGUUAGAUGUACUCUAUCCUAUUUUAAUUAGAAACUUUAAGGUGAAAAAACUGAAUAGGCACUUUAAUUUUAAGUCAAUUUAGAUUAAUUUCAAGAAGAAAUCACCAAAUUAACCAAUAGAUUAGAAGACUUAAUUAUUGAAAACUCAUAACUUCAAGAAUCCUAUUAGAAUCAGCAAUUUUACAUCAAUUAAUUAGAAUAUUAAGAAAAUGAUUAAUUUAACGUCACUUAAUAAUUCGGAUAGAUGUGA